CCUCCCUCUGAAAUGAGUUGAAAUUAGCUGCCUGAGUUAGGGGCUUUGAAAAACAAGCACAAUCUCUGGCAUCCCUUUGAGUGCCUUAUUCUGAAAGGAGCAGAUUUACUCUCGCUCCUGUGUAUUGGCAGGUUUCCUGGUUUCUCUUUAGCUUCCAAUUAGCUUCUGGAGAUUUAAUGAACCUGCGAAGCAGCACUUUAAUGACUGAUGGCCUCAUAGAAGUGUGCAUCACUGCAGUGCUGCCUCCAUAAGAUCAACAGACAGCCCUCACAGUUCAGAUGAGUCCAACCUCUGCGCUCCUGCAAACAGCUGCAGAAAUAACAGUUGGGUUCUGACCUGUAAUUACUUCUAGUGUUGUUUCACACACGCUGUUUAGAUUUAUGGUUAAGCUUAGAUCUGGUUUAUAGUUGUUUUUACUGGGCUGGCAACAUGACUCAAGCCACUACAUCUGUUGGAAGUAAUGAUGUUUGAAUUUAACGUGGCACCAUCUUAAAGGUAAAGAUGUGCUGUGGUUGAGUGUUAAUUACUGCACAUUCGGUUUGAAACUUUAAUUUGACGCCUUGUUAAGCUUUUCUUCCUUUUCCACAUCUUUUUAAAUCACUGCCCAACAACAGAACUGAUUGCUGAGGUGUUUAUGUCCUAAGCUACGGGUGCCCAGCACCCUCCUCUUUGUUAAGGUUUCUAUUUACUGGGUCAUUUUUGGAUGUACGGCGCUGCCAGGUAUGUGCAAGGAGGGAUUAGAGCUGCUGAGAUGCCUGUUCAUGUAAUGGUAAUUAGUGAUGUUCUCUGCUGAAUCACUGCUUGUCACAGGGGAAAGCACCCAAAAUGGUGAAUUUAAAGCUUUGAAAUGGAUCCUGGCAUUGAAUAUGUGGUGCCAGGUGAUUUAUCAUCCUGGUGGCAUUUUGCUCAUUAGGUUUUGGUUGGAAGGGGAGGUAUCCAACCAGCGAGCAUCCUUUCUCCUUGUGGCCAAGGCCCUGGCUUUCAAAGCCAAGAGCCUGAGGCUUGGCACCAUCCCGUCCCAAUGGCUGUCGAUGUGGGAAAAUCACUUUCCGAAGCCUCCCUGAGCAGGAAGGCCGAGAGCAGCGGUCGGUGGGACUGUGCAGAGGUGGAGAUGGACUCCCCAGAGCUCGCACCCAGCCUGUGCCGGGUUGCAGGGGCAGAGCAGGCCAAGCCCUGCCCGCAGGGGAUGGACAGCGUGGCACUGAGCGGGCACAGCCGCUUGGCCGCUGGUGUUACCCAGGGAGGCUCGAGCUACCGCCGGGAAGUGUCUUCAGCAUCCGCAUCCAGGCUCCCCAGAGCAGGGGAAGGCCUCUUGGAGACAGAGGCGUUGAUCUGUGGAGUCACCGACAGCGGGGAUGCGCCUCGUCACCUUAGACACCGGUUCCUGCCCUCGGAGGAGCAGCAGGUGAAGGCAUCGGGCUGUUGGGAGCCAGUGUCCGGCCCUCCCAGCUCUGCAGGGGAGAGCAUCCUUGCUGGCAGCUGCCACGUUGCCGGCCGGCAGAGCCAAAGGCUUGGGGCUCAGUCCCCGCUUUCCUCCACGAUGGAGCUCCUGCAGCCUCAGACCCCGCCGAGCCCCAGGACCACCCUGCAGAGCCGCUCCGCAUCGAGCUGCUCCGCUCUGUCUUCAGAAGAGCACGGCCUCUCCGAGGAGCCAUCCCGGAGCUUCCCGGCCAGCGUGGAUGUGCCUUCCCCUGCCAGCGCCACCCGGGACCUGUGCCGCCGGUGGGGAGCAGCGCAAGGCAGGGCGCUGCGGGUGCACGAGCCCUUCAGUGCUCUGCUUGACUACCGCAGCGCCGUGCAGCGCAUCGGGGGGAUGUCAUCCUAUCAGGCUGAUUACUGGGCAUGCGCCCUACCAGAUUCAUUGCCCCCGUCUCCAGACCGUCGCUCGCCCCAUUGGAACCCCAAUAAGGAAUAUGAGGACUUGCUGGAUUAUGCUUAUCCACUGAAGCCAAAAUACAAGCUGGGAAAGGUGCCAGACCCUUUCUUCCACGACUCGGGAAUAGGUUUGGACAGCUUUUCUCUUUCCCCUGAGGGCACAUCGAGGUCCACCAGCAUCUAUGGCCGAGGUGGGCAGGCUCAGGGAGGCAGAGAAAGUGGACGCUGGGGGUUCAUGGGCUCUGCAGAGAGGUUCCCCACCCUGGAGCCUGGGAAAAGGGGCCUCUCAUCCUAUGAACCUUUACCUACUGCAAAAGCAUCCUCCACAAGAAGUGCUUCCUCUCAUCCUUCAAGAGGCUUUGCUAAGGAUGGAGCCACGGAGUCAGCUGGGAUGGGUUCAUUUGGCCGCCCUGCUGCGGAUGGGAGGAGCUGGUGCACCAGAGGGAGCCCCUUCCCAAAGGACAAAGGGCAGGCGAAAAGCACUGGUGGGUUUUUACCUACAACGGCAGUGCUCCCCUUGAGGAAGGAGUGGGACGGUGAUGAAGAAUUCCUCUCCCUGCCUCCCAGACUGCUGGAGCUGGAAAGGCUGGCUCAGUUCUUGUCUGAUCUUUCCUUAACUGUAAGGACUCCUGGGCAUGACCAUCAUGAACUUCCAUGUCACAGCAACAGCAGGAAGCCCCUUUCAUCCCAGUUGGCUCCUUUCGGAGGAGCAGGUGGCAGGGAUGGAAGAGGGGGUUUCGAGGGAUACGCUGGGCUGUGGCACCCCUGCGGCUCUCGGAAGUCCAGCCAGGAAAACACUGGAUUAUGCGGCCGCAUCCAUAGGGAUCCUUUGCAGGGGCUUUAUCUACCGACUGGUCUCAGAGACACGUUGGAUGGGACGUACCUCAAUGAACCACGGGUCAAGGGGCAUCCCAAGAAGAGCCUUCAGAGCGAGUCCCUUGCCCAGUGCGUUAAGAUGUUCUGCUGCCAGCUGGAGGAGCUGAUCCGCUGGCUGUACAAUGUUGUGGACAUCACUGACAGCUGGGUACCACCCUUGCCGGAUGCCAAGAGCAUGAAGGCAUCGCUGCACCGCUGCCUGGAGUUCAGGAAGGACGUGGCCGAGCACCGGAGCCUGACAGAGAGCGUGCUGGAGAAGGGAGAAGCUCUCCUUGACUGCAUGGCAUUGAAUUCACCAGUUCUGAAGGACACGCUGGGGUUGAUUGCGAAGCAGUCAGAAGAGCUGGAAACCCACGCAGAGCACCUGUACGAGUCCGUUCUAGCUGCUGUGGGUCCCAUGCAGGGCGAGGAUGGGAUGGAGGACAAGGGGGUGCAGCAGACGGCUGCUCAGUGGGUGCUGCCUCUAUCAGACCUGGCCUUGGUCAGCCGGGCACGGGAUGGCUGAGAGCUGCAGCAAGCACCAAAGCACCUCCUUCCCCUCCUGCAGAGACGCCAAAACACAUACGAGCACUGUGUCGGGAGUUAACCAGCUGGGGCUGAUUUUGUGCUGGGUCUUUACUGUGGCUUGAGAAGGGCAAGCUGUACAGCAGUUACCUGGCUGCUGGGGGGUGUAGUCCAUGGCUGUGCGAGUGAGGAAUGUGCAGCUGGCCUUUGGGGGUUUGGUUUUUAAUGUAGCUUUCGUGGGGUUUGAAAUCGAAGUGGCUUUGUUCCGUGUGUUAGCAGGAACGUCAGGAACACAGCCGUUUGUCACUGAGUAAUCCACCGUGUGCCGUGAAACUCACUCCUAAGUAAAGCCGUGUGAUCUGAAUA